AUGGAUCUGAACUCGGCGUUGCGAGAGGAGUUCGACGCGUUGAAGAAAUCGUCCGCGGCGCAUAGUAUUCCGCACGCGCAGUUGCAAGCGGCGUGGGCGAGGACGAUGGAGCGAGCGUUGGAGAGUUUGGAGAGGAAGGAUGAGGCCAUCGAACGAUAUCGAGAAAAGGAAGAAGAGUUGGAGAGGAAGAUUGAAACUUUGAGCGAAGAGGUUGGGCGAUGGAAAGAAGCUAUGGUGGAAGAGGAGGAGGAGUGCACGUUGGCGGCGAAGAAGUAUCGAAAAAUCCAAGACGUCAUGGAGUAUGCGAUAGAGUUAUAUCCGAACUUCAGAUCGCAGUUCGCGAGGGCGAAGGAGAGGUUGCGCGAGAGUCAAAAAACAAGCUAUCGAGGCGAGGGACCUUCGCCGUUGUGGAAAGGCAUUUUCGACGCGAAAAAGCCGGAUUUGUUGCACAAGUUACUCCGAACGGACGCACGGGAGAAGGAUGGGUACACCGGAGAGACAGUUAAGGCUAUGGGCAGUAACGAGAUUAAGUUUUUGUACAGGACGCAUCCUGAUUCGAGAAACGCUUUGAAAAAAUUGAAGGUGCCUAUACCAAGAAGUUACAUAUACUUACAAUUUCCAAGAGAGUGUUCCGCGAGAAAAUGGGCGAGAAUUCUUUACUUCGACGAAAUAAAUUCGCUAAACCCAGAUUACGACAGCGGAGGUUUCUUGGGUGAUGUAUUCGAACACAUCCUAGGUGACAUGGGGAUGAUAUAA